CUCCAAAUAACCAGAGACUCCUAACUGGGUCUCCUCUCCAAACGCAGGAAAUACGGCCUGGGAAAAAAGUUCGGGAGUUUUUUUGGAAACCAGAGGGGCCCUAUCGCUGACGUUUUGCACGCGUUUUACGGCGUUGAUGUAUAAGUAGCCUACUACAUUAGUUUUGUUUUUUUUUGUAUUAAGAGCGUCUGUUAUUCCACAGAUUGCGCUGAUGAAAAGCACACGCUGUUGGUGUUGUUAGUGCAGGAGUUUUGAUCAUCACUAUUUAUAGACCAGCCUGUUCCGUCCGAGGCUGUUCCUCGUAGCUGUAUAUUUUGCCAACUGCGCGCAACAAGUUGCAGACACUCCCAGCACAGGCAAACCUACACUCAUUUGGGCCAGCGGACGGUAUUUUUUUUUACUGCGCUUCUCUUUUCGGAUUACGCGUCUUUGAAUAACUCAUACCCCGACCCCCUCUUUGGAAGACAGAGGGGGAAUAAACGGUGGAGAUCCAGAGUCGGAGUUGAGGAAAGGACGGGGCUGGAUCCGUGGGAAUAGGCCUGCCUGUCAGGCCUCUUAUGAUCUGGAUCUUGGACUGGACAGGGCUCCCGAAUAAACAUUUCAUGGGCCACUGGAAUAGAGAUGAAAGGAGAAUGCAUGGGAGUAAGAAAUGCAAAUCCUUAGCACACUGAGCCACGAGAAGGGGUGUAGUGGAAGGUAAAGCCGCCUUAUUUACAGAUCACACAACUUUUUUUUUAAAAUCAACGUAAUCAACUGUUUUAAAUCGGCAUUAUUUAAAAGAAAAUGCAAAACAGUCACAGCUAAAAGUAAACGACUUGAUGUGAAACGAGAAUACAGUCCUUUUAAGUGAAGACUGUUUAUUUUUUUGGGAAAAUAUUUUUUCUUACACGCAUUUAAUUCUUGAUGCUGGAAAAUUCCUACUGUCCACAUAUGUUUACUUUCGCACUAUUAGCUGAUCAUAACGACAAUAUUGUGUCGGUGUUUUUUUUUCUCUUUAAGUUGUGAAAGGACCAUUAGUCGCGCAUGUUGCGGAGGUAACAGGGACAGUGUAACUUUUUGUAGCCACUUGCAGCACAACGCCAACUAUUGACAGCCUGUAGUUGUAUUAGCUCAUCCAAUGAAGCCCUGGACCUGAAUGCUGUUUUUUCCACGCAACAACGUAAUUUCGGAAUAAAGACAAAUCUGGGAUUUUUCCCUGACGCUGUCUGACUUUGGAAUGUCAGCAGUAUCGAGAUAUGGCACGCAGACACAGAGGAGGUCAUUUCCAGUCGUGUAAAAACGUUGCAUCACUAACCAGUCCUUUCCGAGAAGGAUGUUCAAUUCAGGAGGCAGAAAGAGUGAUGACAGCGUUUUAACCGCAGCUGGAGAGAAAGCCGGGCUCAGACCCAGAGCCUCUUUGGAGAAGGAUACAUGUAAUGCGAGUAGUGACGCAAACCCGGGGUCGGGGGAUGAACUGCUCAAGAAACUGGAACGGCGCGUCUUGUGUGAGUGAGUGUGCAGGCUGCUGUGUGCGUAGCAAAGACGUCUGUGCCGUGCUCACCAUCCAUGCACUGUGAUCGUUCCAACAAACACCUUUGCGCUCUCUCUCUCCCUCUCUGUCUGCCUGCCUGUCACUCUCUUAACCCCCCCCCCUUCUCUCCGUGCCCCAUGUGCCCACAUGGUACCCACGCACUGCGUCUAAUUGCCUGAGGGCCAUCAGAAGAUAUUAUUCAUAUUCAACACCUCUCCCCGCAACACCCUCGUCUCCUCGUCCCACCAGUCAAUAUGGCCACUAAGCAACAUCACCGGCAGCUCCUCAUGCAUGGCACGGAAGUGAGCUGUGACUCCAGCGGCGAUGGCGCCGUGACCGUGCGGAUUAGCAACAGCGCGCCACACGUGCAUCACCACGAGCCACUGAGGACUGCCAGCAGUGGAGCAGGAGGAGGAGGAGGAGUUGGAGGCUACGGGGCCGUGAGGAAAAUGAACCCUAACCUCCACAAAUACAGUAUCUCAUCCAGCUGCAGCUCAGCAGACUCGAAACCUGCCGGGGUCUCAACUUCGAGGGUGGCCAGGAAGGCACCGCCACUGUUCGAACGCUCUGCUGCUCAGUGCUGGGACCCCAAGUUUGACUCCCCAAUCCUGGAAGACGCGUGCCAAGAGAGGUGCUUUCCUCAGACACAGCGGCGCUUCCGUUAUGUCCUGUUCUACCUGGCAGUGGCAGCUGUACUCUGGGGGGUGUACUUCGGGGUCAAUAGUGACCGCUGCGACCCUGUGACCUUCCUCGUACCCACAGCCUCCUUCUUUGUCCUCCUGGUGCUCCUCUUUUUGUUCACCUUAACCCAGCCCUACACAUGGCUGUACAACCAAACCUCCUUGCUCCUGAUCGCGCUCACCUUCGCCAUUACCUUAGCUCCACAGACGCAGACUGCUGGCUACACUGAGUGGGCUGGCGGUGAGAAUGCCUCAUAUCUCUCACCGGACCAAGUAGCACUGCCUCCAACCCCUUGCAUCUCCCCCGUGGGCACCUUCUCCCUGUGUAUGGAGGUUUUGUUGUUGUUAUACAGCGUCCUCCAUGUCCGUCUGUAUGCCUCCGUGAUGCUGGGGCUCCUGUAUUCUAUAUUAUUUGAGGCAUUAGAAUGGCUGCCAUUGCUUCAAAAGAGUUAUGACACUACUAGAUGGGGCACAGGGUUAGAGGGUUCAGGUUCCAAUUGGGAAGAAGACACCCUCCGCUGGCUAGGCCCGGCUAAAGCUCUGCUCCACUUGUGCGCCCAUGUCAUCGGCAUCCACCUGUUCAUCAUGUCGGAGGUGCGUUCCCGCAGCACCUUCCUUAAAGUCGGCCAGGCCAUCAUGCACGGCAAAGACUUGGAGGUGGAGAAGGCCUUGAAAGAGCGUAUGAUCCACUCUGUCAUGCCGCGGCGAGUUGCCGAUGAGUUGAUGAAACAAGGUGACGAUGAGGGUGGCGGUGAGAACUCUGGCAAGCGUUAUUCCUCUGGCGCCUGCUCUGCCUCGGCCGUCUCAAUGGGUGGCGGAGGAAGCGGUGGAGCUUCACAAGCCCAAAGUGCCACAAGUGCCAAGUGUCACCCGCACAACAAUCACAAACGCAAGAAGACCUCCAUCCCCAGUGGACAGAUAAUCUUUCGGCCUUUCAAUAUGAAACGCAUGGAGCCUGUCAGCAUCCUCUUUGCGGAUAUUGUGGGUUUCACUAGAAUGUCCGCCAAUAAGUCAGCAUCAGCCUUGGUGGGCCUCCUCAAUGAUCUGUUUGGACGUUUCGACCGUCUCUGUGAACUAACCUGUUGUGAGAAGAUCAGCACUCUGGGAGAUUGCUACUACUGUGUAGCUGGCUGCCCCGAGCCUCGGCCGGACCACGCCAACUGCUGUGUAGAGAUGGGCUUGGGCAUGAUCCAGGCCAUCGAGCAGUUCUGCCAGGAGACACGCGAGACCGUCAGCAUGCGCGUUGGCGUCCAUACGGGCACCGUCCUGUGCGGGAUCCUGGGAAUAAAGCGCUUCAAGUUUGAUGUAUGGUCAAAUGAUGUCAAUCUGGCUAACUUGAUGGAGCAGCUGGGCGUGGCGGGCAAGGUCCACCUGUCAGAAGCUACUGCCCGAUUCCUGGAUGACCAUUACCAGAGGGAGGACGGGCAGGUGGCAGAGAGAGCCGGACAGAAUGUGGUGGAGAAACUGAAGGGGCUAAAAACCUACCUGAUCUCAGGGAGGAAGUUGGAGCUUGAGGCGCAGUGUGGCUGUUCUCGGGUGGGGCUGUCAGGCGGAGAUUUGGUUGGGGUCAGCCUGUCCUCCUGUUCUCAGCCCCGCACACCGGACCUCAUCCCAGGGGGAGCACAGGCCGCUGAGCCCCAGCUGCCCCACCAACCUCCAGACAGGAUCAGGCCUCCCUUUGUGUCCCGUAGUGUGAUCUUGUCUUCGGGGGCAGAGCAGGGUGACGAUGUUGCUGUGCUGAACGGCUGCCAGGAGGAGCACAAGACCAGCGGUGCCAAGUUCAUCCCAGGUCACAGUCCCAGAGCAGCCAACGGUCUCCUGAGUCCCCCGUUGGAGGACCCAGUGCGAGCCAGCCAGAGCUCCCUGUGCGACAUGCUUCAGGAGAAAGAGAAGAAGACCAGCACGAGCACGGGAACUGGCACCAGUCUAGGCAUGACUGGUGGCACAGGGACAGCUGGCACAGGAAUGGAUCACUCUGCUCUGAUCCAGCUGCGUGCCAAGAACUCCCGAGAAAAGAGUGACGCCCACUUUGUGGAUGUUAUCAGGGAGGACAGUCUGAUGAAGUACUACUUUUUCAAGCCACCCAUCAACAAGAUCAGCCUCAACUUCCUAGAGAGACCUCUGGAAAAGGCUUAUCGCAGCAGCUACAAGGAGGAGGUGAAGAACCUGGUGCAAGUGCAGACAUUUGCGAGCUCCACUUUCAGCUCCUUCCUGGAUGUUCUCCUCAGCUGUUUUGUCUUCCUGGCCCUGACACUGGCCUGUUUCCUUCCACCUCUGGUGAGCCCAGCCACUGUGGGCCCUCCAGCUCCCGCCGCCCUGGCCCUGGCUCCCCUGGCUGGCCUGUUGGAGCUGGCCUCCCUGGUGCUCUCCAUACGUAUGGCCUUCUAUCUGGAGAAGGUGAUGAACUGUACCCGCUCCCUGCUCCUGGUGGUCUCUGGAUGGGUCCCCCGUCACGUGAUUGGGGCUGUGUUAGUCUCCCUUCCUGCCAUCUCUGUGCUGUCCCACCUCACCUGCAGCCGCUUGCCCCUUCAGGUGACCAUGUUCUUGUGCUGUGCCACCAUCCUGGCCAUCAUCCAGUAUUGUAACUUCUGUCAGCUGAGUUUUUGGAUGCGCUCGGUCCUGGCCACUGCUACAGGGGUCGCCCUGCUGCUGUUGCUGUACUGCCCCUUGCACAGGUACAGUUCCGGUAAUAACAGCUUGCCAGAUCAUGGACUGAACAUCUCCACAUCCGGUGAUGGUGAUUCAGCAUUAGUCACACCUGAACGUCCCCCGCGACCUCUUGAGCUUCUGGUCCCGGAGGCUGUGCUGGCCUUCUUCCUGCUUCUUCUCCUGGUCUGGUUCCUUAACCGUGAGUUCGAGGUCAGCUACCGUCUCCAUUACCAUGGCAAUGUAGAGGCUGACAAACACCGCUUCAAGAUCCAGACGAUGCGAGACCAGGCUGAGUGGUUACUGGGCAACAUCAUCCCCAUCCAUGUCGCUGACCAGCUCAAGGUGACCCAGAGCUACUCCAAGAAUCACGACAGUGCGGGCGUGAUCUUUGCCAGUAUUGUGAACUUCAGUGAGUUCUAUGAAGAAAGCUACGAGGGCGGAAAAGAGUGCUACCGUGUUCUCAAUGAGCUAAUUGGAGACUUUGACGAGCUCCUUCGCAAACCCGAAUUCAAAAGCGUGGAAAAGAUCAAGACAAUCGGGGCCACCUACAUGGCCGCGUCCGGACUGAAUGUCCGGCAGUUGGCUGAGAAUGAGGACGACUCUCCACACGCUCACCUGAGGGCACUUUUCAACUUUGCCCUGGAGAUGAUGGGCGUCCUGGACGACUUCAACAAGAACAUGCUGGGUUUCGGUUUCAAGCUCCGUAUUGGGUUUAACCAUGGCCCGCUGACAGCGGGGGUGAUUGGCACCACUAAGCUGCUCUAUGACAUCUGGGGUGACACGGUUAACAUUGCCAGCCGCAUGGACUCCACCGGGGUGGAGUGUCGGGUGCAGGUGAGCGAGGAGAGCCAUGCUGUGCUCAGUGCCAUGGGCUUAGAGUUUGACUAUAGAGGUACAGUUAAUGUUAAGGGCAAAGGUCAAAUGAGGACCUUUCUGUGCCCCAAAAGUGGGGAAAGUAUAUAUCACGAUCGCACGGAGCUGGGCGCCAGCCUCGGACUGCCUUCCAUGGCAUCGGCGCUGAAUAUGACUUCGGGAUCUGUUGCCCAGGCAGCAGCUCUUCCUCCCUCUUCUGCCACUCCUUCUUCCUCCUUUCUUUCCACACUCACUCCUCAACCACAAAGUGCUGUAAGGCCUGAGCCUGUCCAAGCAAAGUCCACCGAGGUGAGGGAAGAGGGAUAUAGGGACCCUCCGCACCUCCCUGGGCAGUCCCCUGCCACAGACCGUCACCUCCCUCCCCACUCCGAACUGGGCCCAGAGCCUAGUGCUGCGCAAGAGCAAUCCCAGGUGCAGCCUGCUCCUCUCGCACUUCAAGAGGAGGAGGAGGAGGAGGAGGAGGAGGAAGAGGUGGAGGUGGAGGUGGAGGUGGAUGCCAACGAGCUAUCAAAACUCAACGAGGAGUUUUAUGCUCGUCUCUGAUCCCUUCUCUCCUCUUCCUGUGACUUCUGUCCCCCCGCUGCCCCAGCUGCAGUCUGACUCUCCGGGACCGAUUGCAGGUGCAGCAUGUCCCUUUCUUCAGGCAUCGCUGAAGUGUCUUCAGCACGGAUGAUGUAGAGGGAGUUUGUCACUCUAACGCAAACAGUGGCUAUAAGAAUGGCUCCUGAUGUCUUUGAUGGUGAUGUUGCCUACGUACUGGGGUGGGUUAGACCUGUGUUGAGCACAGCAGUGUAUUAGGGGAGAAGGCUGAAAAGGGUUCAGAGGGAAGGAAGACUGUUGGUGUUGUUCUUGGUGUAUUUUCUUAUUCAUUUUUGUUAUUAAGUGCCUUCAGGACUAGAACAGUGAAUGAACAAAUAUAAAUUACUGAACAAAGUUUCAACAAUGUUUAGACUGCGGGACAUGCUGUGGUUUCUUACUCCAUGCUUUUAUUUUCAAUGCAAAUAUUUCUUUGAAAAAAAUUAUUAUUGUUGUGCCAUAUCAUUUGUUUUACCUUGAUCAAAGUCUUGACCUUACUUAAGGGAAAAUUAUUUUAGAUUCUAUAUAAGGGCCAGUGCAGCAUGAUGGGCUGAGCAGGGAACUAUGGGAAGAAUGAGGGAAUCACAUGAAGCAGUGUUAAUUUAUGUAUUCUGCUUUGACUCGAGGGCUUAAUACAGUAUUCGUUUGUGCUCGAAUCUCAGUAAAAGGAGACAUGCAAAGCACGCUGCAUAGAUUUUAGUUUGUGUAGCAGCUAAAUGCACAUUUUAAGCACAUGUCUUGCGCAGUGUUUUCUCGACCACUUGUAUUCGGAAGUUAUUACCGUGAAGUGGCCAUUAAAAUGGCCGCUAAUGUCUUUGAUGGUAAUGUUGAAAUAGCUUUUAAGAACAUUGAAACAAAGUUCUUGUCUGUCACAACGAGUACAAUCAAAAAGCACAAAAUCAAAUCAUAUAAGGGAAUAUAGAUUUGGAGGAAAAGGUGGUUUUAAAAAGUGAGAUCGUCACAGAAGCAGGAAGGCACUUUAAAUAUACUUAAAGUGAUACUCCACCCAAGAUGUGUCUUUUGAGUAUGAAACACAAUCCCAACAGUAGGCACUGUAGUAUUUUAUUUUGUUCGGGGGUAUUUUAUGUCUUUUUCAUCAUAGCAAACAGUAAUGAUGACUUGAAGAAAAUAAGAGGAGAGAGAGAUGGGGAUUGCCAUUCACAAUCUGACCUACCCCCCUAGACCAGCAUGGUGCUCCUGGGCCCUGUGGUUUUUAGUAAAUGUUUCUCAAACAAGAAUAAGCAGUUAAUUUGUUGGGGACGGUGUUCAGUAGCUAAUGUGGUGAGCUAGCAGCAGGGUGGUGUAUGUGGGAUUGACUCAAAGUGAAAAUACAGAGCCCAUUUUUGUUGUAAUGAAGGAACAUGACACCCAGUGCAACGAUGUGGCUCAUUGAUAUGUUUUAUUAGUUUUUGGUCAACAACAGCGCUCGAAGGCACAGAGGAAUAUACGAGAUGUCAGACUCAGACUACACAGACGAUACUUGUUGAUUAUGAUUCAUUGUUGAUUUUGGUCUUUUUCGUGGAAUUUGUUAACCGUAAGAAAAACACACCAGACUUUUGGUGGCCAACCGAGGGGGGAGAGUUUGAUCCUCCAAAGAUUUUGAGUGAAGUGGGACUGUGAUGGACAAUCACUGUGACGCUAUUGAUAGAUGAUAGGGGGGGGUCCACAUUGCCGUUUGUUAAAGUGUCAAAGCACAGAUCAACCACAGUUUCUACAGUGCUUUAUUUAAAACCUCACACGCAAAUUUAGUUCCAAUCGUUGCCUUCAUCGGCAGAAGAACAACCAGACGUUGGUGAGUCAGUCCAUCACUUUAGAUGUAUUCAAUAGUUAAGUGUCGUCUGCCUUUAGCUGUGUGAUUUGCUGUUGAAGGGGUGGGACUUUUCACUUUAUCCAGUCACAGCUUUUAUACGGAGGGGGCCCUCUGCUGUAUCAAGAUACUUAAAUUGUGCCACUUUAAUUGAGUGAUCUAUAGGUGCAGUGCAACCUAAACUAAUUGUUUUGUGGUGCCUAAAAAGUAUGACUGUAUAUUUUGAGUAUCUUGGUUUUCAGAAAGGUUUUUUUAUCAUGCUGUUUUCAUAAUGAGGAUAGAUUAUGAGUGUAUGUUUGAGGAAAUGAUGCUCGUUGUGCAGGUUUUUGUUUUUGACAAAUUCCAUAUUUCUUUCUUUUCUUUCUAUUUUCCAGUUCUUUCAGUCUGAGAAUAGCGGGCACCUCUGUAGUUCUCUUUGCUCUUUACUCGCUUCAUGCUUUUGUCUUUACUCCUUCGAGCACUUGUUUCCCCCCUGUACUUUGGGUGUAUGUGUGUGAGAGAGAUAUUUCAUUUCUACUCCAAGUCAAUAACACAGAAAAGAUCCCUGUGGUAUGAUGCAAAAAUAAAUCAAUCAACUACAUGGCCACUGUUAAACUGUUCUUUUGCUGUUGCUACCUUAUCUGUAGCGCAAUGUCACACACUUAGUUGCAUUCUUUAAAAUGGAGAAAAGAAAGCUCUAGAGAUACAGAGAUGAGGAACCAUCCCUUAUUAUGUAGCCGUCUCCAUGGUGCACUCCAAACAUACACAACCAGUGCCUUUUGAAUUUAGGAAUAUGUUUAAUCAGCGUGUGUGAGCUGUGAUUAUUUGUAUCAAGUAAUCAUGAUCAUGUUAGUAGCAUAAAUGCAUGAACAUCCAAAGAAGUUUCUCCAGAAGCAGUCACUCUAAAUGAAGACAAAUAGCUACACAAGAUCUGCUUUGUUGACACAAAUCCUUGUCAUUGCUUUUUCCAACGGCCACAUUAAUAAAUGAAUGCAUAUUCUCAACACACUCGUUUGCCAAACCUAAUAAACCAUACCAUGCAUAGUUCUGGAAACAGAUGGCAAUAUAAGGUUUUUAAGGAAAGUUCUUGUUCUUUUCCCAGACAAUUUGCCAGAUUACCCGUCUGCCUCACGUUGUUGGUUGGUCCGUGGGGAUUUUCAGGGCAUUUCGCUAAAGCCCGAGUUUGCACAGCAGUGACCGAAACUAGCCAGAGUAGAUUUGAGAUUUGGGGCUGCACCUGUUGAUGGGCACACCACCUCUCCAGUAGCGCACACCUGUACACGCAUAUGAAUAAAAUAUUAAAGUGAACACUGCUGGCUCUGUUAUCUGUGAUACAGUUGGGGGGGGGGGAGGGGGGAGGGGGGAGGAGAAGUGUCUGUGAUUUUUUUUUUGCAUGGGAACGAAUGAGCAGUUUUCUUUUUUACCAGACACACUACAUUUUGAGUCUUGACUCUGCACCAUACUAUCAUUCUGUUUUUGUUUCAUUUCAAUAUAAUUCUUUCUACACUUAUGUUGAACAAUAAGCAUGUACUGCCAACAAAAGGGAUUCUUCAAAUCACUGUGCUUUGCUCACUUAAGGUUCCUUGGAUUGUAUACUUCUCUGACAGUGUAUUAAUGAUGUGUAUGACAACUGUUUUAGUUUUGGCAGAGGGAAAGAAGUGUCUUUAGAGGUCCAGGGCUCCAGUUAAAAAUUGCAAAAAAAACAGCCUUGUACAUUGAGAAGUUUAUGGCAUUCAGUCAUCCCUUCUUGUUAAAGAAAUGUAAAUCUGCUUUGUGACAGAAAAAUAAGGGAGAGAGUGUUUUAUUAGCACUUGUUAAAAUCAUCACAACAAAACGGCAUCGCCUAAUCACUCAUUUUAAUUGUGACAGCUCCACAUGUUUUCAUUAUAAAUUCAACCCGUAGUGUUUUAAAUUACACUGGGACAAAAAUUAGACGGUUGUUUGAUUUAAAAUCGUUGUGUAUUUGUGUUAAGUUCAUGAAUGAGAUGUAUUAUACAUGUUUUUGUGCACAUUACCCAUGUAUCAUUUAUCAACACAUGAUCGUAAUCUGUACACAUUUGCACAAAGCACUCAGUGUUUGUACAUAUGCAGUUAUUUUAUGUCACAUAUAAUUUUUUUUUUAUUUUAUACAUGUGCACGUGUCAGAUUUUUGCCAGAAAACAAUGAAAAAGCAACAUGUAUUAUCAAAUUGGUUCAAUGUGUGUCUGUUUGAGUAAGCGUGAUCGGUAUAAUUGUAUUACUUUUUUUUUUUUUCAGUAUGAGAGAAAUAAAUCUCCAAGCAGAGAACAGUUGAGUGCACUGUGAAAUAUAAAAAGGAGAUGAAUUCAUGUUAAAACCAUAGCCUGAUAAUCAGACAGAAAUUUAAAAACAAAACAAAAUUGCAAUUCAAAGUAAAUCAGAGACGUGGGCAGUCGGGGUAUAUUCACAUUGGUGGUUGGCCAAGUUUAGGAAAGAUAGUUCCAAACCUGUCAAUAAUAACAGUUAGUUUAGUCAGUUUAGUAUAUUUUACUCAAUAUUCAUUGCCAGAACCUACAUGAGUUAAUGAUAAAAUAACAUGCAACACAGAACUUAUUUUAAAUGUAUUAAUCUAAUAAAUAAAUAUUUUUU